AUGAUUCAAAUUGAUAUAGCUUCAAAAUACGUUACAUCUUGGGUAGACGAGAGCUUUAUUUUCUAUCCUAAGGUCGUUGAUCCCCAGUACCAAUGUCCAGGGCACACUGAUAAUGAUGGAAGUUACUUAAUCAUUGAUAAAUCAAAAGCUAAAUUUCAGACGAUAAAGAUCUUUGAGAAUGAAUCAUUAUUGAACAAUUUUGCAAAUAUUGAAAUCCACAACCAUGGAUCAACGGUAUUGGAAAUUGGGAAUGAAGAUUAUGAAAGACAUUGCGAGAUUGAUAUGGCGGUUGAAAACGAGUAUGAUGAAGACGAUAAUGAGGAUGAUGAUGAAGAAAUGGAAUACGAUGAAGAAAUGGAAUAUGAUGAAGAUCAUAGCUUUGAGUCAAUGUUUGACCCUCCUCCUAAAGUUUCCAAAAUUUUAGUGCUUAAUGAACAACCAGCCUUAGCAAGUGAUCAAUCACUGGGUUCACUUACAUAUUCUUCUUUUGGGUUAUUAGAUAACAUAAGGUCUGGCCUUCAUCCUCGAAAGUUUCAAAACCAUCGUUUAGAUGAAUCGUGGAAGCUGCGGCAAACUGAUCAAGGGAAAUACACUUAUCAAAUGAACAAAAAAUGCCCGCCAUCGCCGAACCCAGACGCCAUGGAUGAUGCUGAUGAUAUUUUACAACGCCUUAAGGUCAAUGCUAUUAGUUAUCGUUAUUGUCGUCUUCCUGCUGUCGAUCCCCCACCAAAGAAAAAAACAAAGGAAAUUCUCUGUCGAUUCUGCAUCAAUCAGAAAUGGAUACCUCAAUUGCAAGUGGCUCACCAUUUACUUUUCUCCCACGGCAUUCUCACUCCCGGCUUAGUCAACGACCCCAAGCUCAAAUUUGAUGUCGCCAGGGCAGUCGAAUUCUUGCCAUUGCCUACUCAUAUCAUUGAGAAACAGGUUGGUAAAUGGAUAGAUGUCUAUGUUCAUUGUGGGAUAUUUGAGUGUGGGAAAUGGAUAAGAUUAGGAAAAUACACGAUUGAUGAAAAUGAAGAGCUAUUGAAUGCAUUUGGGUUGUUCGAAAAAUACUUUUCCCACGUUGUGAGGUGUUCUUUGACCAAGUUAAAUAAUAAUACAGCACCUCACCAUACUUUUGGUUCUAAUGAUUUUGAAAUCUCUUCUAUGGAUUAUUAUUGGUGA